CCGCAGAAAGUCAUUCUCUCUCCUCCCAAAUACAAAAAAAAAUCAAAAAAUUUUACUCUCUAAAGAGCUUUAAGCUCUCAAUAAUGGCGAAUGAAGAGGAAGAUCCAUUUGCUUUCAUCAUUGAUAGCUGUCGGUAUUCUUCUUCUCAAGAAGAGCUUCUAUCGCACUCAAAAUUUGCGCGAGAAGACGAGGUUUUUCCCGACGAAAAAAAACCAUCGGGAGCGGAGAAUUCCGGUGGAUGUCGCCUGAAAGUUGACGGUGCAGAUCAAACCGGUGGGGGAUAUGUACGUAAAUUUUCUGUUGAUGCAAAUUCUGUAAGAGCGAAAAAUCUAGGGUUUCAAGGGGAGAAAAGGGGGCCGAGUGAAGGUGAAGCAUCUGGGACGAAAUUGGUGGAAUCUGUUGGGGGUAAGAGUGAGAUUGAACCUCAAUUGAAGAAAUCUAAGGUUGAUUCUGUGAUUCGUUGUAGUGGAAAAAUGGUGAUUGAAGGCAAAGAUGAGGAGAAAGUAGUUAUGGUUGAAGGUGAUUUGAAGGUAGAGAUGGCGAGUGCUUCAGGGUCAGGGAUUGAAAAUCUCGCAGAAUGUACUGAGAAAUUGAAUUCUGAGGUUGAUGAAGAUGAUGUUCAUAUUGGAGGUGAAUUGAGUUUGAAUGGUGGAGGAAAGAAGGAAGAAAGUUUUCAGGAAACAGAGUUAAUUGAUCUUGAGGGAGAGGAAGAAAAUCAAGCGAAAUGUAAGGUUGACAAAAAAGUCAAUGAUCAUGGUGGUGGUAAUGAGAAAAUGGAGGAAAAUGCGAAUGAAGGAGAUGAUAGGAGUAAGAAGGAAGAUGAUAACACGAGGCUUGGGAAGAGAAAGCUGCCUGAUUCAAUGUUUGGUUUAACGUGGGACGAGGGAACUAGAGAUCGAAAACGAAAUGAAAAUAAGGUGAUCGAAAAUGAAAUUAUGGUAGAUGAGAUCAAGGAUGCAAGUGUGGAGGAAAAAAGAGUUGAGAAGCCUAAGGGAGGUGAAGACGAAGGAGAAGCAUUAAAGCGCAUUUUAAAUGUUUUAAGAGUGAUUGUGGGUGACAAGUGUUUGAAAGAUGAUACCGAAAUUGAUAUUUUCGAGACUGUUAAACGACGUGGGAUGACGUUCCCUCGAUCGAGAUUUCUACAAGAGGUUGAGGAGUAAUGGUGUGUGUACUAUUGUAGAAGAUCAUGUUCAAUAUUGGAGCUUGAAUUAGACUUAAAAAGACAGGCAUCUAAGAAACCUUAUUUCCAUCUUCCAUCACAAAUUGGGAAGCCAUGUACUUCCUCCAUAACAUAGAUCUGUCUCCGGAGAAGGAUUGUCAUAUUCAUAAGUGCCUCAAAAUCUUACCAAAUUUUCUG